GAUCAAGUCAAAUUCUCCGCAGGCAUAGCCUAAGCCUAGGGAUCGGCUCGCAAGCCAUCGUCGCCCAAGCCAUGGAUCAAUCACACAAGGCCCAUAGGCCAGCCCAGUCGGGUUCCAAGGCCGAGAAAAAGGCAAAGAAAGAGAAGAACCAGGGUUUCAACGAGAAGGCGUUCGCUCCUAGGUCUGGUAGAAGAGCCGAAAAACAAGGAAGACGGAACGCUGAGCGUGACCAAAGUCGCCUGCAUGUACCACUUGUCGAUCGUACCCCUCAGGAUCAACCUCCCCCUGUUAUUGUCGCUGUAGUGGGACCCCCUGGCGUAGGCAAAUCGACCCUAGUGAAAUCUCUCGUACGGCGGUAUACGAAGCAAACAUUGAAUGAGAUCAAAGGUCCAAUCACAGUCGUCAGCGGCAAGAAACGCAGGCUCACCUUCAUCGAGUGCAACAACGACCUGAACUCAAUGAUUGAUAUUGGAAAGGUUGCAGACUUGGUUCUCUUGAUGAUAGACGGUUCAUUCGGCUUUGAGAUGGAAACGUUCGAAUUUCUAAACAUCCUUCAAUCACACGGUUUUCCGAAAGUCAUCGGCAUUCUCACCCACCUUGAUCUCAUCAAGAAAUCCGCCAUCCUAAAAGCCACCAAGAAGGCAUUGAAGAAACGGUUUUGGACGGAGAUUUACCAAGGGGCAAAGCUAUUCUACCUCUCGGGUGUCCUCAAUGGGCGUUACCCCGACGCCGAAAUCCUUAAUCUGUCCCGGUUCAUCAGUGUGAUGAAAUUCCGUCCUCUAGUCUUCCGCAACCAACAUCCUUAUCUCCUCGUCGACCGCAUGGAGGACCUGACGCCCAGAGAAGAAAUCAGGUCUAGUGGCGGCAAGUGCGACAGGCGGAUCACGCUUUACGGCUACCUGCGUGGCACGAACCUCAAGGGUGGGCAGAUGGUUCACAUCCCGGGAGCUGGAGAUUUAUCCGUAUAUUCGGCGUCCAUUCUUGGUGAUCCCUGCCCCUUGCCUAGCAUGGACCCCGAUCAGGAGAAGAGGCGGAAGCUGAGCGAGAAGAAAAAGUUGAUUGUACACGCACCGAUGAGCGACGUUGGAGGCAUGCUGUACGAUAAGGACGCCGUGUGGAUCAACGUUCCGGGGAACUUUACGCGGAGCAGGGAGGCGGGCCAGCAGGGUGAGAUGAGAGGAGAGGGUGAGCAGAUGGUGAUGGACUUGCAGGAUAUGAGCGCAACCUUGGAGGAUGCGGUUGCCAGUCAGAGGGUCAGGCUGCUUGGGUCUUCGUCAAAACCCAUCCACCUGGGACUAGGGCGGACCAGUGACGAGGGAGCUGAAGAGACCGAGAGCGAAGUGUACGAAGAUGGGUCCGUGGCGAGUUCGGAUGACCAAGCCUUUGACGAUGAUCAUCCGGAUAGCGAAGAUGAAAUGGGUUAUGAGGAUGACUUGAAAAUGGACGUACAUGUCGACGAGGAUGAGGACGAGGAAAAGAUCCAAGCUCCCGGGCGCACCCUGCAGAGAUCAGGUCGGCGAGUACCAGUGGACCCCAAGGCAUAUUCCGAAAAACCUGGCGCCAUCUUUGCCGAUACGGAUUCGGAGCUGGACGACGAUGACGGUAGCGCCGAUCGUGUCAUCGGCGUGUCUGCGGACGACUACAACGCGCAACGACCAUCGUUGUCAUCUGGGAUAGAAGUCGAUGGUGACCUUCAACGUGAAGAGACGAUUCCUCAGUGGAAGUCGAACCUUGCCAAGAAGGCCCAGGAGGCAUUUGAGGAGCAAUCCCGGAAGGCGGCCAAGGACUGGACCAAACUUAUCUACAGUACCACCCUCACGCCUGUGCAAAUUCUCCAUCGAGACCGCCUAGCCGCGGAGGCCGGCUCACCGGAGGACGAGGAUGAUUUCUUCACCGUCCCAAAGGACGUCGAACACGAUGAAGGCGCGGAUAUGACAAAGGAACAACCGGAUGAGGACCGACUACAGGCAUGGGAGGACGAGGGUGUAUUGGAUUCCAUACGACAUCUGUUUAUCACCGGUGGAAGCGGGACUGCAGACGGGGAUGUCAACACAGGCAAGGAGAACUACGAGGACCUGGAGGCUGGCGAUUUUGAGGAUCUCGAGGCUGUGAACGGGGACGGUCGGCCACCUCUGGCCUCCCCAGCUACUACCGAUCGCGUCCAGGCUUUGGCCGCGAAGAAGGAGGCACUCAAGCGCAAGUUCGACGAGCAGUACGAUGACCCGGAAGCGUCGAAGAUGGAUUUCUACGACGAGGCUAAGGAGGAGAUGGCCCAGCAGCAGCGCCUCAACAUCGACGAGUUCAGAGGUCUCGAUGCGCAAUCGCGUGCGAUGGUCGAAGGCUACAGGCCCGGAAGCUACGUGCGUCUCGAGAUCCGGGAUGUACCCUGCGAAUUGGUCGAGAACUUCGACCCCUUGGUUCCCGUCAUCGUCGGUGGGCUACUCCCUGCCGAGGAACGAUUCGGCUUUGUGCAGGUCAGGAUCAAGAGGCAUCGAUGGCACGCGAAGACCCUCAAGACAAACGAUCCCAUCAUCCUCUCGCUAGGUUGGCGCAGGUUCCAAACCGUGCCCAUCUACGCUUUGGACGACCACUCCAUUCGCAUGCGGAUGCUCAAGUAUACGCCGGAGCAUAUGCAUUGUUACGCAACGUUCUAUGGACCGGUCGCUCUACCCAACACUGGCUUCUGCGCAUUCAAUACCUUGAGUAACGACACCGCCGCCUUCCGAGUUGCGGCGACCGGCGUCGUGCUUGAUAUAGACCGUUCCGUCAAGAUUGUCAAGAAAGUGAAGCUUACGGGCGUCCCUUAUAAGAUUUUCAAAAAUACCGCCUUCGUGAAAGAUAUGUUCAACAGCGCACUGGAGGUUGCCAAAUUCGAGGGUGCGAACAUUCGAACAGUCUCCGGCAUUCGAGGUCAGAUCAAGAAGGCGUUGCCUAAGCCGGAAGGAUGCUUCAGAGCGACUUUCGAGGACAAGGUGCUCAUGAGCGAUUUGAUAUUUCUCCGGGCAUGGUAUUCGAUUCAGCCACGAAAAUUCUACAACCCCGUGACGUCACUCCUGCUUGCGGAUAAGAGCCAAUGGACAGGCAUGCGCCUUACCGGACAGAUUCGACGCGAGGAAGGCCUCAAGACGCCUGCCAACCUGAACUCCACCUACAAGCCAGUUCUGCGUCCGGAGCGCCGUUUCAACACCUUGAAAGUUCCCAAGAAGCUUCAGGCUGCUCUUCCGUAUGCGUCCAAACCCAAGAUCCAAAAGCCGCAAGGCAAGCAGACAUAUCUGCAAAAGCGUGCAGUUGUCCUCGAGCCGGAGGAGAAAAAGGCCAUUGCGCUACUGCAACAGGUUCGCGCGCUGCGCAAAGACCAAGUAGCACGGCGGAGACAGAAGCAGGACGAACGGAAGGCUGAGCACAAGAGGAAGGAGGCGAAGGAGGAGGCCAAAAGGGAGGAGAAGGAGAAGGAGAAGAGGAAGGAGCACAUGCGCACGUUGGGCCUGAAAAGCAAGCGAGCGGACGAGGAUGGUGCAGGGAGUAGAAAGCGACACAAGGCGUAGAUGAUCCGCUAGUAGAGGACAGUUGUUUACUCCGUUAUCUCUGAGGGGUUGUUCUCCAUUUAUAUAGGCGUAUUUCGC